AUGCUCAUCUCAACUUUGAUAGACUCAAAGUGGGAAUGGGAAGUUUUAGCAGUCACCGUGGCGUCCCAUCAGCCUCCCGUCGAGGAGGAACCAGAGUACCUGCCCUACCCAGCAACCAAACUCAUCAUCGCGCAGUACUGGAACUGCUCGCGCGACCCGCCGUUUUGGGGAUACCUCAUUGUCGGCACCUUUUUUGACCAGCACAACAACAUCGUCUGGAGCACUGAGAUUUUUGCUUUUCAGCGUGACACUCGCGGUGAUCGGAGACACGGCAACGACGAGGAGGGGCAGUUUGUCGAGCGGUCGGAUUCGGACUCAAAUACCAGCCAAGACUUGAACGACAGAUUUUCUCGCAGCCUUGUUCUCGCCCAGACCAAUAGCGCAUACCAUCAUCCGGCACACAUCCCGGCGUACGGAUACCAAAGACACCCGCACCAUCUCUGGGAUCCGUCACACGCAGGCCCCGUCCCCGGCACUUGGAUCACGGAAUUCAACCCCGUGCUCGGAAACUGGGUAAACACCUGGCAGCCAAACCACAACUGA